AUGUCGACUGUGUUCAAGGCGAAAUCAACAGAUGAGACCGCUCCUGUCCGCGUUGUGGCACUCAAAGUCACUCACCCGGCAAUGAUGGGCCCGCCGCACAACUCCAUCAGGGAGGCUCGACUCCUGGUCAAGGCUCGCCACGAACACGUUGUUCCCCUCCUUGAUACCAUCCAUGAGCCUGGAGAUCGGUUCAUACUCGUCUUCCCCUUUCUCAGGCAGGAUCUGGAGAACCUGCUCAGGUCGGACAGAUUGGACAGGCGGCAGGCCGGCAUGGUCUUCGAUGGACUCUUCAGCGCUUUAGAGCAUAUCCACCAGCAGGGCAUGAUUCACAGGGACGUUAAACCGUCCAAUAUUCUACUGAAGACGAUGAACGGGCCUGUCUACCUGAUCGAUUUCGGUAUUGCUUGGUCUGCGGACGACAAGGACUCCGAGCCAGCGGCCUCAAAAAUCACCGACGUUGGUACAACUUGCUAUCGCCCACCAGAGAUCCUGUUUGGCAACAAGAGUUAUGACACCUCGCUGGAUAUGUGGGCUGCUGGUUGCGUCGUGGCGGAAAUGGUCCGAGUGGGCCACCGACCAAUCUUCGACGCUGGAGACGUAGGAAGUGAAUUGGCCUUGAUCAAGUCGAUCUUCACCACCCUCGGAACACCCGACGAGGUGGUCUGGCCGUCUUCACAGGCAUGUCCUGAUUGGGGCAAGAUGCGCUUUCAGCAGUUCCCGGCGAAAGCGUGGAAGGAUCUCCUUCCCGGCGCAUCGGAAGCAGCGAUCGAUUUCGUCUCGAAAACCGUGUGUUAUGAGAUGACAAGGAGGCUGACCGCGGGAGAGGCUCUCCAGCACGAGCUCAGGUCGAUCAUUCGGGCCGCAUGA